AACUCUGAAGACUUUUCAAAGCAUGAUUUGAAACUCAAUGAAACAUGCCAAAUAGGCUGCAUCUCCUUGAGGUAUUAAGUUCUCAGUGCUAGAAAAACAUGAUGUAUAAAGCAGUCUGUGCCAAGUAUGAAAUACUUCUCAAAUCUGAUGAAAUUAAUGAAAGUAGGGCAAAAGAUUGAGGGUCUUACUUAUAAAGAACUUGAGGAAGUUCUGUCUUCAAGUGGAUAUUGUAAGCAGUUUAGCACAGUUAUAAUAAUCAUCUUGAACAUAACCACAAACUUCUUGAAACUUUGGUAAAUAAUGAUGUAGAUUCAGGCUGGAGUCCUUCAAAACAUAGACUUAUAACAAUGAAUUGAUUUUGGAGGGAAAUAUGGCAAUGCUAGACUCAUUUCAAUCCCCUUUAUUUGGAUGAAAUUUAUGAUAAUGUAAGAGGGAUUAAGGUUCUUUUCAACUUUGAAUGUGAUAAGGAUCGAUUAACAAAAUUAAUCCCCUUUUAUCCAAGUUCUUAACUGGGUCUGCUUUUCAAAGACCAAGGAAAUAUGAUGAUUAGACUUCCAACUUGGUGUGUGUAUUAUUCCAGAGUGAGUCAGUAGUGUGUGGCUUGCAUGACCAAAAGCGAAUGGGGUAUCCGCGAGUGUGUAUGUGUGUAUUUGCUGUGCAGCUAAAAUGGCAACCCCCAUUGAGCAUUUCCCCAGCCAAUAUUGCAUGAAUCGCACAGACAGAGCUGAGAGUCUACAUUCAUUCGAACCAGUACACACACCACACACACACAUUCAAAGAGAGAGAUAGAAAGAGGGUGGCCUGGAUACUGAAAUAGCAUAGUGAUUGCUAAGCUCCUACAGUCAGUGGAAGAAUGGAGAGAGAAGUCUAUGGAUUGUAAUGCCGACUCUAUAAUAUAAUACCGCACCAUCGUCGUAGCAAAAAACUGGCGGAAAAUCCGGAGAGUGGAACUAUUUAUGGCCGAUCGACUGAUCUCAGAGCGAAUGGAAUAUAAGUUUUGACGCUUGGCACAAGUUUGAGAGCAAGAGGAAGUUCCCAUAUUGAGACAAGAUGAUGCUGUACCUGUAGAUGUACAUCAACAAGAUGUCAUCUCAGAUCCAUCCCUUAAUACUCAGGAAGACAAGAAACACCAGGGCAGAAGGCAUCAUGGAAAGAACAAACCCAAGUACAAGAGUGCCAUGAAAGUGAAGAUCACAGACAGGGUACGCCAAAAGAGAGAGGCCAAAGCCCAGAGAGAGAAGCAGAGCAAGCUCUCACCGGAAACUCUUGGUGCCUUGCAGGUUGAGGACAUUGUUCUGAAGCCAGAUCACGAGGAGGUUGUGGCCAAACUUGAAGACAUUGUGAAAGAACCAGUUCCAGAUGUGAUUUACAAGGACAAGUAUGAUAUCAUAAAGGAGCGAAGGGCACGCAUGUCAAAGGCCACACAGGAUCAACGGUCACUGUCGCCAAGCAAAACGACCAAAGAUAGCGUGACGACUAGUCCAAAGAAGCGACAAAGGCACUCUUCUUCAGGGAGUCAGAAGUCAGACACCAAUGUAACAGUACUGCGCAACUCAGAAAGUGGAGAGGAGGGUGCCUUGAAGCAGCAGGCUUUGGAAGCCCUGCUAGAGAUUACGGGGAAGGAGUUCACAAGCAUGAACAGUUUUGGCACGGAGCAGCAGCAAACCGUGCCCACGUUGAAGGAGGCCGUUGUAACUACUCGUACUCCUUCGGCUGUAGCGAAGCAAGAUAAAGAAGUGUUGAAGAGCGAUGAUGAUGUAUCGCGGUUAAUGCAGUUUGCAAACAAUGCGCAAAUGGUGCAAGCCGAUAGGAUAAGGAUCCAUCAACAGAAAACUGCAAAUCAAAGCAAAGAGGCUGACUUUGGACACUUCAAACUUGUGCCUCAUCGAAAGGAAAGAGGAGAUUUAGAGAGCCGCGCUAGUCAGAAGCAAGGAAAGCAUAUGUGUGAUUAUUGUGGCCGCAGGUGUUCCAAGCCUAGUGUACUGAAGAAACAUAUCCGGUCCCAUACAGGGGAACGACCGUAUCCUUGCACACCUUGUGGAAUCUCAUUCAAGACCAAAAGCAACCUCUACAAACACUGCAAAUCUCAUGCACAUGCAGCUAAAGCAGGUUCUUCAGGGACAAUCCCAGAUUUGAAGUCAUUCGACUCUGAAAACGAGAGUGGGUCAGACGAGACAGAUACAGACGAAGAGGGAAAGGAUAUUGGAGAAGAGCGGAGAGAAACUCCUGUGGAGAAUCCAACACAGAGUACCUCGUUACGGCUUGAUCAAGAGAAAAGCAUGAACAUGACACAGACCGGUGUCCAAGCCCUUAUGAAUGGGGGCCGUACUUCAAUGCCAGAUAGCCACCCUACUUUUGUGCCAUCCAGUAAGGCUCAGGCUUCUCCUAUCGCCAGUCAAACUGGGAACAGAAUGUGGGAGACCCUAUCCAAUUCUCCACAUCUUGCUGGAAACCGUAGCUCUCAGGACCUUCACAUGCUGUCGCAGCUGUCAACAGACAUUUUGAACGGCACAAAGGGAAGACAACCAAAAGAUAGAUUGCAAGGAUCUUUUCUAAAGGGUUCUGAAUCUAGACACUCUAGGCCUAGAAACAAGAUGGAAGAAGGCAUACCAUCUCCCAGGCCUACUGUAACUUCUACAAGUCAAGAAAGACCAGAUGCAUCAUCACCCAUACCAGAGAGCAACUCAACAGAUCAAAUAAUGAUCCCACUUAAGAACUUCAACAUUGUGAGAUCAGGGGGUCAUUACCACUUUCAAAUCCCAGUGGAAGGGAUUCCUGGUUUGUCGGAAGAUGUGAUUAAACAACAAUCAAUGUUUGUAGAGGAGAGCAAGGAAUCAACUAAGGAAAGGGGAGAAAAAUCACGGCCCCCGCUUAAUUCUCCCUCCACCCAAAUCAAACUGCAGCAGCACAUACAAAAACUCAUCUCCCAAAAUGAGGCAAUAGUAGAUGAUUCUGACCUGGAAUCUGUGAAACCGAGAAGACCUAGUUUUUCUUAUCGGGAGAGUAUGACUAGCACCCCACCCCAGCUACCUGCCAGCGGCGUAUUAGAUGUGCGUAAUGACUCAAAGAGUGCAGCAGAAAGUAGCAGUAUAACCAUGGAAACAGGGAGAAGGUCAGAGUUGGCUGAGCAAACUAAUUUAGACAGCAAGCAGGAAGUAAGAGGAAAUCAUGAUAGACAGCGGGAAGCACAGACCCUUAAGAGCAGCCAGUACAGCGCACAUCUGCACACGGGUCAUUCGAGGCACGGGCUCUCUUACAAGGCAGCGGAAGCAGGCAUCAAUGCAGGCCAUAAGCUGCCAACUUCCUCGCCAGUUACUCUUCAGCAGGCAGUGCCAGGGGAUAGUAAUAUAAUUAGGAAUAUACUGCUGGAGCACAAACGUACUCAGCAAGCGACACCUGCUAGCAUGCUAGGCCAGAGUUUGCCCAUGGAUCGUCAACAGUACUCACCCCUCUGGUCUCCUGCCCAGAUGCAUCUUGCACCGUGGAUGCUCAAGGAUGCUUUGCCGGGUGGUUUGAGGUAUCCUAUGCCAGUCAUGUAUCCCCAUCCAGCAAUGAUGCAGCACAUGCCCAGUGAGCACUUACCUGCAACCUCACAAAGUCAUCAAUUCAUGAAGGAAAGUGCAAAGAAUAGUCAUCAUCACUCUGAAACGGGAAAGUCUGGUCACAAACGCAAGAAGUGCAAAUCUGAGAGUGAUGCUUCUGGUUCCCAUGAUUCACACCAUUCACGUAAGAAGUCACGGAAGCAUCACGAUCAUCCAACGAUUAAAGAAGAAGAAACAAAAGGUUUGCCUGUUUCUAAUGCUGCACCCAGUCAUUCCAUGCUGCCGAUGUUUUCUCCUCCGUUUCCAGGUCCAGAUGGUAACCAAGCUGCCUCCCAACUACCUUGGCUUCAUGCUUCAUUGCCGAAGGGUACCUCAACCCCCCUUCGCUCUCCCUAUUCCCCAAAGCCCUCAGCCAAGUCACUUGAAGGACAUUUUCCUGGAGUAUCUGUCAUUCAACAUACUCCCACCACUCCACAUAUGCCAACUCAGUUCCCAUUACUACCAGGACAACAAAUGACUUCAUUUGGGCAAGAGAAAGGUGAAGGGAAGAGAGAAUCACCUGCAGGCUUAACACACUGGACCAAGGAAAUGAGAAACUUGUAUCAAGCGUCUCCUGGAAACAUGAGGAGUGACCUUCGACUUGCCAGUCCUUCAGUCCCACAUUCACCCCGUCCUGAGGGCCUACUGAAGGUUGCCCCACCUCAGUCACCCCUCACGCCGAAGACCUUUAGUCUCGCCAGUCCAAUGAUUCCUAUCCCAUCUUCAACAUUGCAGGAGAGAGGUGACCAACCAAAAGAUCUACCCAAUCUUCAACAAAUGCCAGUGAAUGAAGCCCUUGCCAGGAAGAAGAAAAGCUUCACCUUGGCUCUAGAUGACAACAGCGCCAGAGCUAGUCUUCAAAAGCGCAGGAAUCUGCCAGCUAUCCCAGGAUUGAACAUGAGUCCAGGAAGAUCUGUUCCUACAAAGAGAACUCCAAGUGAACAAACUCAUGCCUUGGACUUGACAGCAAAGAUUCAGUCCAUGGGAUCACCCAUGUCUGCUAAAAUCCCAAGGGUUGAGAUUGCUGCUCGAUCACCAGCCUACACACCAACUGAAGGGGGUAAGAAAUUUCCCAAGUCACCUAUGAAAUUUGGAGCUGGAGCUGCAGCUAGGCACAGACUUAGUCUUGAUCUAACGCAGCCUCUAACAGCAGUAGUAAAGGGUGCUUCAACUCCUGACGGAGUAAAACCAUCCCCGAAGAUUGAUCCAAGAGUGUUGCUGUCUCCUGAAGCAUUGUCUAUUGCAGAAUCUGUAAUGAGGAUGUCCCAGUCACCACUAAAAGCUAAAACGCCAAGUACACCAGUUGAUGCUGCUAGAGAACUUGGCCGGCUUGUUGCUCAUGCCUUCCAUAAUGCCGGUGGGAGCAUCAAGAGUGUUCUGACGACAUCCGAUGAAGGAAUGAUUGUUGGGCCUAUAGCUACACCUACUGCUGAAGGUAAACCACAAUCUAAAUAUUUCAUCUUGCCAUCUCCUUCUUCAUCGCAUGCUCCUAGUUUCCCAUCAAGCUCCUCACCCCGGUCUGAGAAGUCACCCUUGACCCCAACUGACACCCUAAGUCCUCAAGGAAGAACACCAUCUGGGAAAAGAGAUGCUUCCUUUGAGCUGUUCAAAGAUGAGGUUUAUAGUGAGCAAGAAUUACACGAGAGAACAGAUGAAGAUGGUGAGCCAUCAGAAGAAUCCAACAACCUGACAAGCCAGGAGCCGUCAAAACCAUCAUUAGCUGACCUCCCCACAAAAGGAGAUAAUUCUAUUGCUGAUCAAGUGUUGAAAGCUCUUACUCCAGUUUUACAGCAGGGGAAGGUUCUUACUCCAAUCAUGCAGCAAGGAAAGGAUUUUAAUCCAGUCAUGCAGCAAGGCCCACGCAAAACACCAAAGAAACUUGGGAAGGACCUAGCUGAUUGGUUUAGCAGUGUCAAAGUCAACAAGGCAGGAAGUGGACCUGCCCAGGCACCAACAUUCUUGUAUGCCAAUAUCUCAUCUAGAAUGAAAGGGGUCGCACAGGUCACAGAUUGCACCUCGAGAUGUAGCCAACCUAUGUAUGUGACGCAGGGAUCAAAUGUUAAAAUUUCCAUGUAUUCAAACUGGAGGCCAGGUGGUAACACAAAGCAUCCUCUGGGGAUCUCUUGGAGAGAACAUCUCGGGCUGUACAACUCAGGUAUGAACAAGGAAAACAUCAAAGAUGUCGUCUCCAGUAUUAGUCCGUCUGGAGGAGGUAUUCUGACCCACUCCUCAGCCUGGAACAUGUCACUAGAAAGGAUCAAGGCUGUGAGUGAGGAACUGCAGAAGCACCCAACUGGGAAACCCAUUCUUACUCCAACAGAAGCUUCAGGGGGUGCAGAAACCCCAUUAUCUUCCCAUGAAAGUGAGAUCAACAUGGAAAAACCUGUGAAAGGGAAAGAGCCAAAGAGGAUACCCAUCUUUGAAGGGGGCUUCAAGUCCAAUGAAGAAUAUGUGUAUGUCAGAGGACGUGGCAGAGGGAAGUACGUCUGCCAGGAGUGCGGAAUAAGGUGCAAGAAACCCAGUAUGCUGAAGAAGCACAUCCGCACCCAUACCGACGUGAGACCAUUUCAGUGCAGUGUUUGCAGUUUUGCAUUCAAGACAAAAGGCAAUCUGACAAAACACAUGAAAUCAAAAGCCCAUACAAAGAAAUGCUUGGAGAAUGGUAUCAAUCCUUCUGACUUGGAACAGGAGCAUGGCAUUGAUUCCAGUAUGUAUGAGGAUGGUGAUGAUCAUCAGUAUUCUGAUGCAGAUGAUAACGAAGAUACAGACUCAGCAGAUGAGGAUUCUGAGGAAGAGGAGAUGGAUGAUGGAAUGAAUGAAGAGAUGGAGAUUGAUGAUCUCCCUGAGGAACACCAAGAUGACCAUGCUGAGGGUGAUGAUGUCUUUCAUCCUGGCAGGCUCAAGAGAUCGUACAGUGAAAUCUUGAAACCUCAUGAUCUUGCAGAUUCAAAGGAUGACCUGAUGCAUGCCUCCAAGCUUACACGGUCAGAGGUUGUUUGCAAGCUCUCCCAACAUCUCACCAACAGACAACGGGCCCACAUAGGACAAGACAGGGGACAUCCUCCACUCACAAAAUCUCAGAGCCUAUCUCAUCUUCCAACUCUGAGGGAAGGGUUUGGUUACAGAAGUUCAUCCAGGAAAUCCCAGCCACCUCCUGUACUGGACAAGUAUGGACAUAUUGUCGCUAUGGAGUCCUUUGCUCCACGCACCAACCAAUAUCGACUUGCCACUGGGAAUACUUCAAUCAUGGUUCGUUCAUCUUCAACAGAGAGUACCUCAUCAGAUUGUGACCAUACUAUGAAAGAUUCUUCCUCUGUAAAACCUCCUGAUAUAGAUAUGAUAGAUGAAGAUGUAGCCCAUAGAAAGACUCCACCGUCCUCUGUUGGAAGUGAUGAAAUAUCCUCUGGUAGCGCAUCAGUUGAAUCCUCAGGUUUAAUCAAAGUAUCAAAGACCCAAGAUGAAGUAAUUACAAAAGUAUCGGCAAGGCCUCUAAGAACAGAUGAAGAUAGUGUACCUCUUCCAGGUGCUGUUCAUGUAAAACCGCAUGAGAACCUCAUCAGGAGGUAUGAAAAGCCAGACUCAAGGAUGCGCUACUAUUCACCAAGCUCCAGGUUUGAAAUGAUGCCUCCAACUGCUCCUCCUGUUAUUGAACCUGUAUCAGACGAUGAGGGAGAGGUAGGAAGCAAAAAUGGCAAUCCACAACCUGUUCCAUCAUCUAGCAUACCUUCAUCAAGCCCCUAUCAGAGGACAACGAUGGAAGCCUCAGGAAAUGCCAUCAAGCAGCUGCUCCUAGCCAAACCACCCAUGUGGCCCUCGCCUGAUGAUAAGGCUCCGCUUCAUAAUUACAUAUCACCUUUCCUCCCUCCAUCUUUUUCAAUGCACAGUGCUCCUGUGCUGUCUCCAACUCAUCUGAGCCCGUUCUCUCCUGGACCACUCCAUCGUCUAGUGUCCCCAAUGCUUCCUUCCAAGAUGUUUCAGUUACCUCCAACAAUCCUACCGAUGCACCUGCCAUCAAGUUCAGGCAUGACUAAAGUUGGUCACCAAACAGAGAAAGAAGCAGUUUCAUCUCCAGCUGCCAGUGAAGGAGAUCAUUCUGUCAUGGUCUCACCGACAUCCUCCAGCUCGUCUGAGGGUCAUAAGGAGAAGCAACCAUCUGAACACCAAGGAGAAGAGAGUAGAUGGAAAGUAGAGGAGGAUAGACUGACAAUGUCACCCACAAUGUCACCCACAGGAAACCAUGGUCACCAUCGCUGUGCCCAGUGUGGAGAGGCCUUCAACAAACCUAGUCAGCUGCGCAUACAUGCCAGAGUACAUACCACUGAAGGAACCUUCACCUGUCAUGACUGCUCUGUCUCCUUUCCCUCCAAGUACAUCUUGUCUAAACACGAGCGCUCGGAGGAACACUUCCUGCGAGUGGAAGGUGUAGAGUUGGCCACUACCACAGGUUCAGAUACCAACCCCAGGCCCUUCAAGUGCAAGGAAUGUGCCAUUGCUUUCCGCAUCCCUGGACACCUGGCCAAGCACCUGAGGUCCAAAGGCCACCUGAUGACGCUGGAACGGCAAGGAAAGCUUCCAGCCCACAAACUGGAGCUGUUGCACAUGCACCCUGAUGGUGAGGACGGUUUGUUGUUAUCUCCAAGUGAGCCAAAGGCACCUGGCAGCCCAGCAUCCUCAGAAAAAACGGACAGUGCCAGUGAAGCAGAAGAGGGUAAAUCAUGAGAUUUGCUCCAUUGGAACUCACUCAUUACUGCUGGGAUAAAACUUACCUCUACCUGAUUUUUUGCUACAAGGAAAUCUUUUUUCAUGUGGAAGCGUUGUGAUUAAAAGCAAAGUCCUUUGACUCCUUUGUAAAUUAGAUGGCAAUGGAAUGUCAUUUGUGAGCGGUCACGUAUUGAAUAUGUUAUGGAUAUCACUGUGUCAUCAUUUGAAAAAGGAAAGAACAUUGGAAAAUCAUCUUUUUUUUUGGAACAUCAACAAGCGCUCAAUUUUAUGUUGUUUGAUAAACAUAUUUCAUGGAAAUUUGUGAUAUUAUCUUCAAAGGAUUGCUAGAAGCUGUGACUUUUUGUUUUCUAAUUCACAUGGCAAGGGAGAUGCACCUCUUUUUUUCUUCUUCAUUUAAUGAUUUUAGACAAUUUUUAACUGCACCGAGAGGAAGAAUAUGCGAUCUACAAGAAAUGGAAGCAGGACAGUAGUACAUUUGCACAGUGGCUAUCAAAUUUGUGGAGUUCAAGACGGACGGCAUUCAGAGUACAGAGGAAGCACUUCAGUACGGAUAAGCUCGUGAAAUCAAGAAUGUUUUAUUUUAUUCAAAUAUACAUACCUUGCUGAAAUCGUUUAGAUAUUUUUUAACUGAUCAACCUGAGUGAAUGUGGACAUAUCAUCGUAUUAUUUUUUCCCUACUUUUUAUGUCACAGAUCAGUGUUCAUUUCAUGUUUGGAUUACAUAGAAAUUAUUUGGAAAUUAAGAAUUAGAACUAAUGAAUUUUCUGACAUUCAGAAUGACACUACAAAGUUCUUGCAAUGACUGUAUAGUGUAUACAGACAUUUUUAUUCUCAUUCAAAAGAAUUAAAACUUUUUUCUGUAAGAUAUUACUUUUAUUGAAAGUAUUAAUAGAGUGAUAUUGCAAAGAAACACACUUGUUGAUUUUAUUGUGGUAUAUAUAUAUAUAUGUAUAAGUCUCUUUCCUAUUGCCAAAUACUUUUCAAAUCUUUUGCCAGAAUCAAAGAAACUUUCCAUUGUGGUAGAAGGUGAAUGGUCGUUUUAAGCCUGUAGGCGUCUUGUGCCAACGUUAAGAGUUCUUUAUAGCGGGGUAGUGUAUAGUUAUAACGGGACCGCGUUUCACAAUGCACCGACUGACAUUGACAUUAUAUUGUAUUGACCACAUCAUAGUCAUGUGCCAAAUUUAUUGUGCUUUUUUUUCUUCUACCCCACGAUGGGAUGUGUUGAAACUAUUUCCUGAAGUUCCAAGGUUUAACAAAAUCCAUGCUGACUAAAUUCUAUGCAGCUUGAUUGUAAAAUGAUGUACAAUGUAGUUUAUAGAGGCUAAACCAAUAGUGUGAUAGCAAUAAUUAUUUGAUGCUAUUUUGACAAAGUAAACAAAUUAGUGUAUGACUUUUUUUUUUUUACUAGAACUUAUUAAAUAAGAAAUGACACAAUGCUGCUGUGUAAACCAAUAAUGUCAAUCACUACUUACAAUUCCAUGUAAAAAGAAAGAAUGAAUUAGUCAUUGCCAAGUAUUCAUGUACAGAAACAAGAAUUUGUUACCUUUUUAUGUUUGGUGUAAGGUUUGGUGUUAGUGUAAGUGUUAGAUAACCAAUGAAUUAACCUGCAAGGAUUCUUUCAUGAAUUGAUAUAUAUAUUAUAUUUUACACCAAUAUUCUUAACACUGGCAGAAGCACCUCCCAGACCUGUGUUGAAUCGUUAAGGCAGACAUGUCUUGAGUUUGGUGUAAUAGAUAGCACUGGUGUCAUGCUAACAACAAGUGUUAAAACCAACAUGAAAUCCCUAGUGUUAAAUUGAUUUAAUGUUAAUGCACAUUCGGUCAGAUUAUUGGAAUCUAUGUAACAACAAAAAAAUACUUCAUUCUCAGGUACAGGUUUAUAAUAUUAUGUGGAAAUUUUUGCACUUUUUAAAGGGAAACUUUUUUAUUGAAUGAAGCACAAAGUAAAGACCUUCUUCCAAAGAGUUUUGGAAAAUUUGCUUUAUCAGUAUAUCUUUAUUAAAACAGGAGGGAAAUUUUCUCUAUAUGUGUAUAACUGUUGAAGAUUACAACAAUACACAAGAACUUGUGGGAUUGUAUGGUCGUACACCUGAAUGUUUGCAAAACAAAAAAAAAAAAAACAAAAAUAGAAGGUUGGAACAAAAGAUGUAUACUGUACUUUCUUUGAAAAUUCUACUUACGGCAGGAUAAGUAUUGUUUGAAAUUAUUGCCUUAGAAAUCAAAAGCUAGUUGAGCAUCAUUGUAAAGAAAAAAAUGAUAUACAUAAGUAGGUAUUCAGGUGUUGUACAAUCUAGCAUUACUUUCGCGGAAAAAGUUGUGGUUUCGAAAAAGAAUUUGAUGUAAAGAGGUUUUGACAGGGUACAUGUAUAUGUAAUUCGAAUUUGAAGGGAAAAAUGAAACUUGUUCUAUGUAAAGAUAUAAAAUAUUUUCAUACAUUGUGUAGUUUUGCAUAGUCACCAAAAUCUAUAACGAGAAGUUACUAGCUCACAAACUCUGUUGCCUUAGUAUGUGUUUAGAAAGAGAAAUAGAAAUAUAUAUAUAAAUAUCUAUACAUAUAUAUUUAAAUGGCAGAAAAAUUACUCUUAACCUACCGAUGUAGUGUACUGGCCUACAUAGAGUUUCAAAACAGUAUUGGGAUCUUUAUUAGAAGUAGUUAUAUGUGAUCAAAUUUCAAAUCUAUAUAUCAAAUGAAACUAUUUUUGCACAAGGUAGAUGGCUCAGUGAUAACUGUGAAGAUGUAGAAUGGAUAAUUUGUGUACGUUAGAAAGGUCUGUUAACAUUGCUGGUUGUUUGUAGUCGAAGAAUCUGUGGUGUGGUGCUUAGCCCCUUUCAAAUGGAAUCAACUGAAUGAAGAAAAAAAACAUAGCUUAGGUGUAGAAUGUAAAAUGUUACUUUCAUCAUGUAGAUGAACCAGACAAGUCUUUACUAGUAAACUUGCAUCUUAUAGAUUGUCUUUCAAACUGUUUUGGGUUUCAAAAAAAAAAGAAAUUAUGCCUGGCUGCAGUAUUACUAUCCAAAAGUGACCAAUGUACAAGCCAAUGUGGUAUGUUCACACUCACAAAAGAUUGGGGCUAGGAACCGUAUGUACAGCAUGAUAUUUUCAAAAGCAUGUGCAGCAAUGAGAACGUACCAAGCAGUUGAAAGUGUUGAUGUUUUAUGUGGUGAGCAUAUCAGCAAAUUUUUUCAAAAAGAAGUUCUUUGCUGGCAAGUUCAAUCAUAUGCACACGGAGAAACAAUUCAUGUCAUGCAAGAGGCUGUCUGUCGUCUACGCACAUGUUAACUAUUGAUUGGGGUAAUUUUGUGACAAUGUUAUAGCUUUCUUCUUAGUGUUUUUCACAUAAAAGGUUUUGGAUAAAUAUUACAAAAAGAGUAGAAAUUAAAAACUUGACUUUAAGUGUAGAUAUUGAAGUGCAGGUAACUCAACCAACUCACAUGCAUAUUUCUCAUCCUCUCUGUCUCUAUCUCUUUCUCCCUCUGUUACCCCUUUCCCUUCCCCUUCACUCACGUGAAUGUCGUAAAUUGCGGUGAUCAUUUUCCUUUAUGAAACCUCUCUUGCCCAGCUAAUCUCACCUCAGAUCUGGAGACGCUGAUGAAAAUUAACGAUCGCGGGAUGUGAUUUUCAAGCUGUAAAGACAAGGAUUUGAACCUGUGUUUUUGGUAGUUUGAUCAUGUUUCCUGGUGGGUCAUUUUUGCUGAGGGUGGGAGAAUUAUUGUUUGAUUAAGAGAGCAGCAGGGUCAUAAUUUGGUUGUUUAUUUUUAACUUUGUUGAGAAAAUAUUGAAUGUGUGUGGCAUACCUGCAGGUUUUUCUUUUUCCACCUUCCUGAGCUGAUCAUGUGGCCACCCACCCCUCUUCAAGUUUCCUUCUUUCUCACUCUAUUAUCUUUUCUUUCACACUUUAACAAUUUCUAUCUAUCAAUGUGAACCUUCUUUUUUAACAUGGACUCCCCCUCUCUUCUCUUGGCCCCAUUUAUUUGAUUCUUUUCUUUUUUUCAUUUUUUAAACAUUUCUGUACCUUCUUGUACUACAUUCUCUCACUAUUCAUUCUCUGUUUUGUGUCUCAAAAUGUUCAUUUUCCCUCACUCUUCCAUUUUCUAUGUCCCCCCCCCCCCCCCUGCCCGCCCUUCUCUCUCCUCCCCUCUCUCUCUCUCUCUCCCACUCUCUCUUUCUAAAACUCAUUCUCCUAUUUUCACUUCAUGAAUUGCUUGCCUCUUAAACUCUUACAUCAUUUUCAAAGCUCUCCCUUCUUUUCUUUACACCAUUUUUUCAUGAACUUUUCUGCCUUGCUCUUGCUUUUCACGAGUGCUUGCUCCCUCGGGUUCUGUCCUCUCUAUACGUCUUCCCUUAUUCACUUGUUAUCUUCUUGCUCUUGUUUUUUCCUUAAUUUUAAUCUUCCUGUUGACUCUCCAAGACUCACCAACUACUUUGGGGCCUGCAGAAAAACAAAACAAAUUACAACCGAUGUCCAUAAAAAACGUUCAAAGUUCCUUUCUGCCAAGGAAAUACCCUCCAAUUUUUUUUUUUAUUUGAUUCUCCUUACUGGACAAGAGAGAUAGAUGCCCAUUUGUUGUUCGUUCUUGAAAUAGAAUGAUAAUCUUCUUGCAAGAAUUUUUGUUUCCACUUGGGGGGAAAAUGUAAUUGCCUCAUUCUCAGGAGGGGGAGAAGAAAAUUGGUCACUAAGUGAAGGGAGGAAAUGGCGUGGGCUGGCAAGGGAACUAUGACUUCUAUUUUGAGGCUGAUAAAGGGGGAUGUUGUUUUAAAAUGUUGCUUCGGAUAUCCCUACUCUUUUUUUCAUACCUUGCAUAUUUGUAUGUUCAUAUAUUUUUUACUGAAAUGACUGGCUGGCUACAUUUUAACGCUCUUAAAUCUCUUUUUGGAAACGGAAGCGUGUCAAGUCAUAUACUUGUACCGCCUUUCUGGCUCUGAGCAGCCAAAACGAUUUUGUAAUCUUUAACUUGAACAGUACCAUUUUCUCUUAAAUUGGUAUGUUUUCAGCUUUUUACUGGCAAACAGCUCUAAAAAACAAGUCACUGGUAGCUAUUUUCUAUAAUUUAAAAGGACCUUACAAUUUUUCCACUCAAUAAUAAAUUCAGUGUUGUCAUUGAUGCUUUCAAAAAAGUGAUUACAGACAACUUGUAAUGUCAUGCAGAUUUCAAUUGCCAAUGUUGACUGUUUCUUCUUUUUUUAUGAACAGAAUUUUCCUAAUUUUUAAGAACUUUUUAGAACAGAAAAGAUGGAUCCUUAUCUGCAGGUACAAAAUAAUUACUUCUUGAAGUGAUAUGUGCAUGUUUGUGACUUGUCCAGUGCUAUAUUUACAUGCAUAGCUUGUUAUUCAGGAUGUCUUGUGGGGUCUUAUCUCUUGAUUUCUUUUCAAUAUUUCGGUUGCCAACUAGAUCCAGGGUCAUAUAUCAUGUUAUCAGUCUAGAAUCUUUCUUUGGUGAAGUUUGAGGUACAGGUUUGGUUUAGUAUGAGAGGUAUCCCUAAAGUAGCUUGUUGGCAUUGAUCAAUAAAUGAUUCUCUUUUCUAAUUUCUAAUCAUAAGAAUUGUGAUAUUUGCGAUAAUGGGAAAAAUUGAAUUUGUGCCAUUUUUUUUUUCCUUAUAUUUUUCCAAAUAAAAAGUAAAAUACUUCGAUAUUUUGUUAAUCCAAUUCCAGACAAGUUUGAUUUUAGCUCUCCUCCUUCUCUUUCUGUCUUUCUUUUUUCAUUAAUGAUGAUCAUGUGAGUUGGAGAAAAAGUUGGUGAAGCAACGAUACAUAAACACUUAUUGAUUUGGUGAGAUUCUUCUGAAAGUAUAUAUGAUAUUUGUCAUGAAUGUAUGUUUAUUAUUUCAAUGAUAAAUGCACUUGGAUUGAAAAAGCCACCAGAAAAUGCUAUGUACGCUGUGUGUAUAUUCAAUAUUGCCUUAAACAAAACAAAAACUCAUCUCUGGUAAGCAAAAAAAAAUGAAGAAGAAUUAUAUCGCAGAAUGUACUUAAAGAAAGAUGUAUACAUGUAUAUAAAAAUACAAAAAAAGGUUUGAUAUUGGUUAUGGAUCACAACAAAGUUAUUGACAUUCUUAGUUUAUAGAAUUAUAUUAUUGAUUUAUGAUUCUUUUUUUGUGUGUCUUUAGACAAAAAUCCAUAUUAUUUUGAGAGCUGAUCUCAGCAGGAGAGUUGUUUCAGAAAUAGUUGGUAUCUCAUUGGCCAGAAUCUGAAUGUAUCAUCUUGUCGAAUUGCAUUGAAGGAUAUCUACCCUAACAAUGGUAAUCAUGAAAUUGAGUGGUUGCAGUUGUCGGUAAAAACCUGUUUAGUCAUGUACAAGCGAGAGGAACUGUUCUGUGCAAAUAGAAUUUUUCUUCUCCGUCUACAGUGUUGCAAAUAUUUGGUUCAAAUAUGAAAUCAUGUGAAAUUUAGGUAUCUGUUUUGUAUCAGGAUGGUAAUAAAGCAUAUCAAUGGCCGCCUGCAAGAAAGUUGUUACUGCAAUCGACAAUGCAUAGCUCUUAUGGCCUUCUUGCAGACGGCCAACAAUAUUGCCUGUUGAGAGCCAGAAGGCAUUAAUUCAAUGUCAAUGAGAUUUAUAAGUUAAUGCCCAUCUGGUGCUCAACCUAGGCUGCUCCAUUUUGAUCUCAGUCAAUUUAGUUUAAUAUUCACAAGUCAGAUAUCAGAUCAUCAUAUCUAACCUUUAGAUGUUUCUUGUGUUUGUCAAAAAGUUUCUAUUUUUAUUUUUACGCUGCUUUGUACAUUGUAUCCACCAUUGGCGAGUAUUGACUUUUGAAAUGGAUGUAAAAGCUAUCUUGUGUUGAAAAAUGUACAGUUAUAUCUCAUGGAACUUGUAUGGAGCCUGAAUUUGUGGAAGCAACUCGAAUGUCUUGAAUUGUACUAUGAAAAUAUUGGUCUGAUACGUAAUUGAUAUUAUGAAUGAAUUCCCUCUAUUAUGGGAAGGAUGGCAAAUAUAUUUGUAUGUGAAAUUAUGUGAAAAAGUAGGAUGUUUGAUCUCUUUUAAACUAAGAAUGAAUUUUUGUGCUAUUUUGAAGGUAAAGAUUUCUGCCAGUCAUGAUAUGACGUUUAGUGUAGUAGGUAAUGAGAGAAAGCUUCAAACGUAAAUAAUUUGUUUAAUGAUAUUGUUUGAAAAAGAAGGAAUUUUUUGUUUUGAUCCAGAAAAUAUUGAAAUUCAUGUUCCAGCUUGGAAGUAACAGUGUUUUAGCUUGUUUUUUGUUUUUGUUUGGUAUCAAAAGUAUACUUCAAUAAAAGCUGUUUUGUUCUUGAAAUGACAAAUUUAGUUCACUUGAAAAAAAAUCAUAUUAGUUUUUAUUAAUUUUGUCAGUGAUAGAAAGUCACAAAUGACUCUUAUUUCUGCACAAAGCAUAGAUACAUAUUAACCAUUUUUUCUUAAAUAAUACUGUUGGUACUUGGUUAGAAGCAGAAGGAUGUUUCACAAGAUUACAUGAUUAUUUUCUUUCUUUUUACUCAAUACAUAAACUAUUUUGAUAGUUCAACUUUUAUUUUUAUUUUUAAAAGCUUUGUAUUCAAUGCCUUUAAUCUCCAUUUGAAUUUCAUUUUGACAUGUAACUGAACUAUUUGCAUUAUGAGAUUUCCUGCUGAGAGCCUAAUGGCCAUUAACUUGUAUCGUUUUAAAUACAUUUUGCAUUUCUGGAUCUUAAGCAGAAAAAAUAGGAAAGGUAUUACUAGAAUACUAGUGAGCUUCCUAGCAUUAUGGUAUUAUAUUCUCACAUUUUGGGAUACCUACAGAGUAUACACCCUUAUCUUGCUCUCUUAUAGGAAUAGUAUCGUUUUAAUUUGAAAGUGAUGUUGUUAUAGUUAUUAAAAGUGAUCUACGUUCAUUUUUUUCAAAGCAUUUUCAUGUGCGUUCGUAUGUCAAAAGGCUGUGUAGAAAUUCAGAGUUUAUAUUGGCCAUUCUGUCUUGAAAGGCAAUAAGUAGAUUAUUAACUCAUUACAAUCGCGAUUUAAAUUACUCUUUAUUGCUGUGGAUAAUAUAUCAUUUUUUUAAAAGGUCAGAAAACACAAAAUGAUAAUUUAUAUCAGUGGAGUUAAUUAUUUUGAAUUAUUGUUUUGAAAUAAUGUGGCUUUUAUAUGAAAAAAUAUAGAUUUUGUGAACUGAGUGUUAGAUAUGUCCUUUUUUAUAUCACAUUUAACUAUUUUUAUUUGGGCAUAUACUCUUGAAACAGAAUUUUUUCAAAACCAUUCCAUGAUAUAUUAGUAAAUUUGUUACACUUUUUUGUUAGCCAUUUUGUGUAAUUUCUACUAUUUAAGAUAUUGGCCAUGUACUAUAUAUCAUUAUGUGUAAAAACUAUUAAUCAUUUUUCCAUUGCCAAUGAGCUCAUUUUAUGGUAGGCUUCAUUCCAGUCUGAAAUAUUUAUUUCUUUAUGUCACUUUAAAAACUUAGAUGUGCACAUGACUAUUCAAUAAGUGCAUGAGACUGAAUGUUUGACUUAGGAAAUGUAACUUUUGUCAGGUUUGGUGGUAUUAACUCAUUUUUAUUUUAUAUUUGACAGUUUUCUUUCUCACAUUUGGUUUUCCAGUACUUUUUAAAAGUGUUUUUGAUUGUGGAGGUUUUGUAGGUAAUUAACUCUUUGCCGAUCUGAGAUGUGGUAUAGAUAAAUGAGAAAUUGUGCUUUUAAAAUGCUGAACCAAAGACUAUAGCAUAAUGAAAACUUUGGUAAAGCUUAAGUACAAUUUCAUAAUUGAAUGUAUACUCUUAUGUAUAGUUGUUUUAGAUAUGUUUGUAUGUAGAUCUUUUAAGAUGACAUUAUUAUGUUGUUAUUGUAUAUAUUCUAUAUGCCCAGACUAUUGACUUUCAUUACAUUAAAUACAUUUGUGUAUAAGUCUAUCAGAAAUA